CCGAGUCCCUGACAAACCAAACUGCGUCAUCAAGAGCUGCCACUGUAGCCUCCACGCGCCCCACGUUACUUGUGGCUUUGGAUCUUCAACGAACAUUGAUGGAAGCUCAUCCUGUAAACAUUUCAACCUCGCAACUGUGAAUCACCACCAUCCUCCCUCCGACUACUUAAGACGCACGUUUCUUCUCAGAAGCGUAAGAAAACAGAGCAUCUUUUCAAGGAAGCCGAUUUACUUCUUGACCGCCUAUAUCUUCAAGUCCUGCACUCACGAGAUCCCUAAAGCGACUGCGAACCAAUAAACCAUUGUCGCCAUGUAUUCAGGCUUCGGCGGUGGGUUUGACCCCGCUAACCCCGACCACCUCUACAACAUGGCCCGCCAUGGACGACGUCCCAUUGUGCAACGAUUUGACGAGUACUAUCGAUGCUAUCCUCUAGUCAUGGCCCCCGGAGCUGAACGACCAGAACUCAACUACGGUUCCAAGAUAAUUCUGCCGCCGUCCGCUCUUGACAAGGUGUCGAAGCUUCAUGUGCAGUGGCCUUUGCUCAUGGAGUUGAUCAACGGAGAGAAAGGCAAACAUUCACAUGCGGGUGUGCUAGAGUUCAUUGCGGAGGAAGGCCGAGCAUACAUUCCUCAAUGGAUGAUGGAAACUCUUGGCAUGGACGUUGGCGACAUGAUCCAGGUCCGCACCACAUCAUUGGAGCUGGCCAAGAUGGUCAAGCUACAGCCUCAAUCCGUCAACUUCCUUGAGAUUAGUGAUCCCAAGGCAGUGCUGGAGAAGGCUUUCCGCAAUUUUGCCACCCUUACCAAGGGUGAUGUCUUCAACUUCGCCUACAACGAUGAAGUGUAUGAUGUGGCCGUUCUCGACGUCAAGCCCGAGACGGACAAGAUGGGAGUCAGUAUGAUCGAGACCGACGUGUCAGUAGAAUUCGCGCCCCCAGUCGGCUACGUCGAACCUGAGCGCCAGAGCGGAACCAGCACCCCAAGAAGCACACGAGGUGGUGUCCCUGCUGGAGGUCUGCUACACAAUCAAGGAACCAUGGCGCAAGCCAUCAACUACAGCGCCAUUGCUCCAUCAGUGACAAGCAAUGUGACUAAUUUCCUCGGAGAGGGUCAAAAGCUUGCCAAGAAGGGCAGCAAGGCUCCAACACCCAAGCCGGCUACUCCGGUUCCUACGGUGGAGAUUCCAGGAAUGCCUAGGAGGCGUGAUGGUGCUCCGGCAGCUCUCCGUCUGCCGCCUAACAAGCUUUUCUUCGGAUACGAGAUCAAGCCAGUCAAGACGGACGCCGAUAAGGAAGAGGAGAAGGAGAACGCCAACAGGCCUCACUUUGCUGGCCAAGGCCAGACACUUCGAGGUGCCGUCAAGAGAAAGGGAGAAGGAGACGACAAGACCAAGGCCCCCGAGAAGAAGGGUACCAGCGAAGGAAACAGACUUGACGGCCGACGGCCACGAUGAACAAGGACAAUGCAAUGAAUUGGACUGGCGUUUGGGUGGUGGGGCAACGUAAUUUAGAGCUUGGUUCGACUUAUACUGGGCAGUCUGUCAUUGUUUCCCGUGUGGGUGACUGAUGUCAUCACGAAUGAAUAAACAUGAACACAUGCAAGGUACGAGUCUCAUGAAAUCAGAGCCAUGAAGUUACGCCUCAAGAUGUUUGACUUUCAGCAAAUGAUUACUCGCUGUCCUUUUUCUUCUUCUCACUGAGAACCUCUUUUGGUCUCUAUCUUCUGGCACUCACUCGCAGACGAGAAACAAAAAGUAUUUGGCAUGAAAGACGGAGACACUGAAAGCCAUGCAGAACAUGUCAUCAUAUUGAUACAUGAAUCGCGAGCCCCAAAGCAUCCGCAUGCGUAUGACUAUCUUACUGCCGUUCCAAAAAUCAGCACGAUGAAUCAGAGACUACGCACAUUCAAGAUCUAGAAACAAGAAACGUUGGCAUUGAAUAGAGUCCAUCAUCCUUCAUAAAGCAAAGUGGCUUUGUGUGGGACAAACGCGUGACAUCUUAUAAAUCGAACUUCUAAAGCCUUCAGAAGGUGGCUGCAGACAGAAUUGGCCUUCUCGAUAGUUAUGCAAACAGGAAAUUACUGGAUUUGGGAAAAGAGUGACUAUGGGUGGACAGCUAAUGAGCGUCGCUAAGGAAAAAGUCGCAAUGAGGAUUCUCCGUGAGAAGCUUUUGCAAGAAGCAGAAGAUGACUGGCGUAUCACAUGGGAAUUACCCGUGUACAGGUGAGGUGCGUAGUAGGAAAUCAAAGUGAAUUUCAUGUUGCGAGAGCUAUCAAUCCAGCUCUCCGGGGCUGUAAAUAUCCCCUAUUAUCUCGCCCCCUAUCAAUAGCAUCUAAAGCCUCGACAUCACCAGCCCUUCAGAUAUCUGUCCUUUGAUGAUAGAGUUGCAGCAGUGUCUAAGCGCCGUCAACAUUGGCAAGCCAGUUCUCAAACUUGGCUUCCUUCUCUGUAGGAGAAAGGCUAUGAGAAUAUCAGUGACUGUAUUAAGACAUGUGUACCAGUCAAACAUACCUGCCCCCAGGCUUGCCCUGGAUACCAACGGGAG